CCGCCGCUGUUGGGGGGCCCGUCGCCGCCCGCCGCUACUUUGUGUCUCGCGCUCCGAGAGGUGGGUGGGGAGAGGAGGCCCUGAGCCGGUUGUCUCUGUUAGGAAGUCCUCUCCCCCCUUGAGGUUAAAACCUGGGGCUCCAAAGGGUUACCCUCACGUUGGGGCUAGACAUUAAUUUAAAUGGCGACCGAUCUGUCUGGAGCUGAUCCCGCACACCACCGUAAUGCGCUUCCACUCUUAACGGGAGCCCCCCUGGACAAGUUGAGUGAGACAGUUGAGGACGGCACCAUGCCCAUCCGCCGGGCUGUGAACUCUUCCUCUCGGGAAACUCCUCCCAAAAGCAAGCCUGCUGAAAGUGAGGAGGCCAAGCCAGAUCCUGAUGUCAGUUCAGAGGAAUCCGCUUCCACCGUAGAGGAGCAAGAAAAUGAGACUCCGCCAGCCACGUCCAGCGAGGCAGAUCCGCCAAAGGAGCCUGAAGCUGAGGAGAAGGGAGGCGCAAAGCCUGCCGAGGAAGCCAAGAAGGAUGAGAAGGAUCACGUUAAAGAAAAGGAGAAGAAAGUCAAGAAGACCAUUCCUGCCUGGGCGACCCUGUCAGCCAGCCAGCUAGCCAGAGCACAGAAGCAAACACACAUGGCCGCUUCCUCCCGUCCCAAGAUGGAUGCCAUUUUGAUUGAGGCAAUCAAGGCGUGCUAUCAGAAAGGCGGGGCAUCGGUCGUCGCCAUCCGGAAGUACAUCAUCAACAAGUACCCUUCGCUGGAGCUGGAGAGGAGAGGCUACCUCCUCAAGCAGGCUCUCAAGAGGGAGCUGGAGCGAGGAGUCAUUCGGCAGGUGAAAGGAAAAGGAGCUUCUGGGAGCUUUGUGGUGGCUCCAAACUCAGGGAAAACGGCCUCCAAAUCCAGGGAUCGGAAGAGGAGUUCGUCGGCAUCCGGCCCAGAGCAGCAGCUGAAGCUGGAAGACAUCCUCCCGCUGGCCUUCACCCGCCUCUGUGAGCCAAAAGAGGCUUCCUACAGCCUGAUCAAGAAAUACGUCUCUCAGUAUUACCCAAAGCUGAAGGUGGAUGUCAGACCCCAGCUGCUGAAGAACGCUCUGCAGAGAGCGGUGGAAAAGGGCCAGCUGGAGCAGAUCACAGGCAAAGGAGCUUCUGGGACAUUCCAGCUGAAAAAAUCUGGGGAAAAGCCCCUGCUGGGUGGGAGUCUGAUGGAAGAUGCCAUCCUUUCCGCCAUUGCGGCCAUGAACGAGCCCAAAACCUGCUCCACCACUGCUCUGAAGAAAUACGUCUUGGAGAAGCACCCAGGGACAAACUCCAGUUUCCAGGUCCAUCUGCUGAAGAGGACCCUGCAGAAGUGUGAGAAGUAUGGCUGGAUGGAGCAGAUUUCUGGGAAGGGGUUCAGUGGCACCUUCCAGCUCUGCUUCCCCUAUUAUCCCAGCCCCGGAGUCCUGUUCCCAGAGAAACAGAAAGAGGAAGAGGAGUCUGAGGAAGAGGAGUCUGAGGAAGAGGAGUCUGAGGAAGAGGAGGAGGAAUCCGAGGAGGAGGAGUCUGAAGAGGAAGCACCACCUCCAAAGAAAAGGGUGCAGCAGCGGCCCCCACCGAAGGCCCGGAACAGGGCACCUCCGCUGGUGAAGCGGCGGGAGGCCAAGCCCAAGCCCCGCAAGGCCCCCGUGGCACACCGUGGAAAUGCGAAGCCCCCUCCCAAGGUCAGAGCCCCUGCCAAGAAAUCCAAGCCAGUGGCCCUCCCCCGCGUGGCCGUCAAGAACCUCUCUGGCAACAGCCCUGCCCCCAAGAAGCCCUCCUCAGCCAGGAGCGCAAGGAAGGACCUGAAGCUCUCUGCCAAGAAGAGCAAGCCCACCGUGCGGAAGUCCCUGAGAGCCAAAAAGUAACAUCCCCCUCCCAGGCGGUGGGCUGGGGGGCGGCUGGGGGGCGGCCAGGGGCCUCUGGGAAUCCCACGUGCUUGUUUUAAAAGUACCACACAAAUUCAUAGCGUAGCUCUGAUGCUUAAACAUGGCUCCUCCCCCUCCUUUCCCCUCCUUCUCAAGCAUUGGGGAAAACCAGAAAAUCAAAGUGUAACUUAACAAGCCAAGCGUUUUCCGUUAGAUCUAGGUUCUGUUCCCUGUGCCUUCUCACCCCCUCCCUGUCUUUCUCCCUGACUCUUUUCCCUCUAAAACUAAUCAUCAGUAACAUAGGACUGUUCCUUAAAAAAGAAGAAGUUAAUCUGUACAGGGUUAUCUUGGCUUGGCAUUUUUGGCUUUUGAAACAGGUUGCAAAGACGAUUCUUCUAUUUUUGGAAAGUGGAAACGGAUCCCUGGGACAUUGGGAACGGCUUUCUGAAUGAGGCUCCUUCUUUUCUAUCCUUCUGGGGUGUCCCCUGGGCAGGCAGGUCUUCUCAGAAAAGGGUGGAUGCCAGGUUAUUGUGGGGGAGGGAGCAGGUGAGGUCCCCUCAGAUGCCUUCUUCGUUGCCUCGAUGUGUUUUGUUUGGGAUUUUUUUAGCUUAGUUUUCCCCCACAGUGUCUUUCUGGCCUCCUGAAAACCAAGCUUACUUUAAAGGUCUUCUUGAAUUCAACUUUUGAAACUUGUUCUUUAAAGAAAAGAAAUGAACCGGAGAUUUUGUCACUUGUCCCCCUCCCCUUUUUUAAAGAAAGAAAAUGUCAAAGAAUGAUCUGAUUGUUAAUGUGUAGAGCCAUUAAAUGAGGAACAUGCUGUUUGCUAAAAUAAAAACUAGACUCUUGA